UCGAUGCAAAAUGCAAAUCUAAAUAUUUUUGAACAUAAAAACAAUUCGUAAAACUAAACAUAAUAAAAGCAACUAAAAUAAGUUGCGAGCUUAUUCUUCCGCCUUCGUCUAACCUCCGCUUCCUGUAUGCAAAACAUAGAGAAAAUGAUCACAGAACAACUGAGGAAUCCAAACGAACUAGAUAUAAAUUUAAGAAUGGAAUUUGGUCCAUUUGAAACGAUACACAAAUGGAAAAGGAUGUCUGAAUGUUACGAGUUUGUGGGGGCAAAGAGGAGUAAACACACAGCUGUGGCAUACAAAGAUGCUAUUUACGUGUUUGGUGGGGACAAUGGCAAGUCUAUGCUGAAUGAUCUCAUCAGGUUUGACAUUAAGGAGAAGUCGUGGACAAAAGUGGGAGGCAUGGGGGCCCCGCCAGCGCCGAGAUAUCACCACUCUGCUGUGAUCCAUCGCUCUUCCAUGUUUGUGUUUGGUGGAUACACCGGAGACAUUCUGGCCAACUCCAACUUGACCAACAAGAAUGAUUUGUUCGAGUACAAGUUUCAAAGUGCACAGUGGGUGCAGUGGAAGUUUACUGGAAAACUGCCAGUAGCAAGAUCUGCCCAUGGUGCUGCAGUGUAUGAUGACAAGUUGUGGAUCUUUGCCGGGUAUGAUGGAAAUGCGCGAUUGAAUGAUAUGUGGACUACAAGCUUGGUGGGUGAGGUGCACCAGUGGGAAGAGGUGGAGCAAAAGGGAGAAUGUCCACCAACGUGCUGCAACUUCCCCGUCGCCGUAGCACGUGGCAAGAUGUACGUGUUCAGCGGACAAAGCGGCGCCAAGAUCACCAACGCGCUGUUCCAAUUUGACUUUGAGACUAGAACGUGGAGCCGCGUGUGCACGGAGCACCUGCUGCGCAGCGGGGGCGGGGCGCCGGCGCGGCGCUACGGCCACGUGAUGGCGCACCACGCCCGCCACCUGUACGUGUUCGGCGGCGCCGCCGACAGCACGCUGCCCUCCGACCUGCACUGCUACGACCUCGACACCCAGAUGUGGUCGCUGGUCCACCCGGCGCCGGAGUCGGCCGUGCCGUCGGGGCGGCUGUUCCACGCGGGCGCGGUGGUCGGCGACGCGCUGUACAUAUUCGGCGGUACCGUCGACAACAACGUGCGCAGCGGCGACCUGUAUAGAUUCCAGCUAUCAAACUACCCGCGUUGCACCCUACACGACGACUUCGGUCGCAUCCUGAAGUCGCAGCAGUUCUGUGACGUCACGAUCGUGGUCGGCGACGAGCGGAGUGAAGUUCACGCGCACCAGGCUAUGCUGGCGGCGCGCUCUCCGUACUUGCGUACUAAGAUCAAGGAGGCCCGCGAGGAGCUAUCAGCGAGAAUCGCGGCGGGCGAGGUGACCACAGACCCGUCCAAACCGCCGUGCGUCUCGCUCGCGCUGCCCGAGGCCACGCCCGACGCCUUCCGCAUGGUGCUCGACUACAUAUACACCGACCGCAUAGACCCCACUGAGAAAAACGAGGACCCAUCUUCCCCCGCCACGAUGCUGCUAGUAAUGGAAGUGCUCAAGCUAGCCCUGCGUCUACAUAUACCGCGACUACGCGGGCUCUGCGCGCGGUUCUUACGCGCUAACCUCUGUUAUGGCAACGUACUACCGGCUCUGCACGCUGCACAUCGCGCCAAUCUCGCAUGUAUCAAGGAGUACUGCUUAAGGUUCCUGGUGAAGGACUACAACUUCACUCAGAUCGUGAUGUCGUCGGAGUUCGAGGAGAUGGAGCGAAACCUCAUGGUGGAGCUGAUCCGCCGCCGCCAGCUGCCGCAGAAGGCGCCCGCGCCGCCCGACACUGAUGAUAUUGCUGGCACUACGCUGGAACAGGACAUGUGCGUGCUAGUUUCGGGGGCGGGAGGCGCGGCGCUGGCGGACGUGAAGCUGCGUGUGGGCGGGGCGAUGCGGCCCGCACACCGCUCCGUGCUGGCGGCGCGCGCGGCGUACUUCGAGGCCAUGUUCCGCUCCUUCUCGCCGCAGGACAACGUCGUCAACAUACAAAUAUGUGACACGGUGCCGUCUGAGGAGGCGUUCGACUCGCUCCUUAGAUACAUCUACUACGGAGACACCAACAUGCCUACAGAGGAUUCCCUGUAUUUGUUCCAAGCACCCAUAUACUAUGGCUUCACAAACAACAGACUACAAGUGUUCUGUAAACACAAUCUCCAAAGCAACGUGACCCCGGAUAAUGUCCUGGCUAUACUACAAGCGGCUGACCGUAUGAGAGCUGCAGAUAUCAAGGAGUAUGCUCUGAAAAUGAUUGUACAUAAUUUCACUCAGGUGGCGCGUCAAGACGCAGUCAGGUUGCUGGCUCAGCCGCUAUUGGUGGAUAUAAUCUGGGCGUUGGCGGACGAGCCCGCCCCCGAUGCGCCCCUCCCCCGCCUCGCCGCGUCCGCCUCCGCCGACACCCUGCCCGAUGACCACCGCCCUAAAUAGAAGUACGCCGUCGCCCACAUACUAGCCGCACGUCACGAAGUAUAAGCAUGAUGGCCCCAAGCGUUUUUCGAGUCUAAGGGCUCCCACACAUAACUGCGAAUUC